UCAUUCUCGCGGACCGAGAGGAAUCCCACGAAACGCGACAAGAAGGAAAAGCGUUCACAAUUUCGUCCUGCUACUGCAACAAACGUCCCCGUCGUCGCGCAAACGAACAACAAUGGAAAGCACGGUCGCACUGUACAAGCAGCUGAAGACGGAGUGGACCAAAUCUCCGAUCAAUCUGAAACUAUGUGGCACAAUUCUGGACAAACUAAAGGUGGCUCUGGCUGGCAUGUCGUACAUUCCGACCGGAAAUGCACAGGCCAACCAGCAGGAGCUGCUGAUCGCACGCGACAUCCUCGAGAUCGGUGUGGAGUACAGCAUCGCCACCAAAAACAUCCCGGCCUUCGAGCGUUACAUCCUGCAGCUGAAAUGGUUCUACUACGACUACAACACACUGAUCGGUGAGUCCAAGAAUAAGUACCAGCUGCUGGGAUUGAACUUGCUGUUUCUGCUGUCCCAGAACCGGGUGGCCGAGUUUCACACCGAGUUGGAGCUGCUGCCCGCCGAUAUCAUCCAGACGAACGCAUUCAUCCGGCACCCGCUCGCGCUGGAGCAGUAUCUGAUGGAGGGACGGUACAACAAAAUCUUCCAGGCGAAGGGUAACGUGCCGGCGGAAAGCUACAACUUCUUCAUCGACAUCCUGCUGCAGACGGUGCGGAACGAGAUCGGUGCCUGUCUGGAAAGCUCGUACGAGCGCAUCUCGCUCCAGGAGGCGGCCAAGCGGCUGAACCUGAAGUCCAAGGAGGAGGUGAAGCAGUUCGGCGAGAAGAAGGCCUGGAAGCUGAGCCCGGACGGGUUCUACCAUUUCGUGAACGAGCUGGCCAAACCGAAGGAACCGAUACCGUCGCAGGAGCUGGCCGAGCAGGCGAUCAUGUAUGCGCGCGAGCUGGAAAUGAUCGUUUAAGGGCGCCUUUUCUGGUGGCCCGGUGUGCUAACGUACGUUCGAUAUAGAGGCAACAUACACACUCAACGCUAUUAUUUCGAUUCAGUGUCUUUUUCGAUCGGAAUAAAUACUACAACAUAUGUA